AGUUCCCUUUUACCAAAAAUCGAAAAUGCAGUAGUGCAACAGGCGGGAAAAUUUUCGACAGCCAGAGAGAGAGAGAGAGCGCUCAAAUCUCCUGAAAUGAGGCCAACGGGAGCCGGCCGCCGCCGUCCAACAGACUCCACACAAGACCGCAAACCACCGCCCACCCCCACCGCCGCCGACCCAUGGCAGUUCUCCACCAACCACCGCGACUCCGACGCCAGCUUCUGCAGCAGCCGCCCCUCCAACGCCUCCCUCUCCAACCGCCUCUCCACCGUCCCCAUCACCGACAAGGCCUCCGCCAUCCGCGCCAUCAACAACUACCUCUCCUCUCACUCCUCCCAAUUCUCCCUCAAACCCCCCCUCCCCUCCGCCAAGGACAUCACCGAAACCCUAAAAUUUAUCCUGACUCGUUUGGAAUUUCCUCCCGUCAAACUCGAAGACGACCUUUACGUAGUCCUUAAGCAGCUCAAUUGCCCCAUCAAACUCAACAAGUCCGCCCUUAAAGCCCCCGGGACCCCUCACGGGUGGCCGAGUCUUCUCGCGGUGAUUCAGUGGUUACUCCAGAUUGCUAUGUAUAACGAUCACUUGAACGAGUCGUCCCAAGUGCAGUCGAUUUUCGAUGAUAACAGUAUGUUUGUUUAUGCUAUGAAUAGUUACUUGCAUUUUAUUAGGGGUGAUGAUGAUAGUGAGGAGAUGCUGGAUAGGGAGUUCAUGGAGAAGUUGCAGCACGAGAAGGACUCGAUGGAGGAGGGGGUGAACGCGGUGGAGGAGAGCGUUAGGGUUUUGGAGGAGAAGUUGGAGGUUUUGAAGACGGAGCCGUCGGCUGUUGAGGUGAUUGAGAAGAGGAAGGGGUUGUUGGAAGAGGAUGUGAGGAAGUUCCACGCGCUGAUCGAGAGUUUGAACGGGCAGAUAGGGACGCUGGAGAAGGCGUUGGAGGAGAAAGAGAAAGAGUUGGGGGCUAAGGCUGGGGAGAGCACGAGGAUUUGUGAGGAGAACAAGGAGUUGAGGAAGAGGGUUGAGGCGCAGGGGAUUAAUUCGAGGGAUGCGGAGAGGAUGAAGAGGGAGUUGCAGGCGGUGGAGAGGGAUAUAGGGGAUUCCGAGGUGGCAAGGAGCAAGUGGGAGGAGAAAUCUUGGGAGAUUGAUGCUACGAUAGGGCAUAAGUUUGAGGAACUUGAGGCCCUUUCGAUUGAGUGCAACCAAGCAAUCAAGAGGUUAAAGCUUGGAAAUGAUUUCCAGUACAAGUUGACUGCCAAAGGAUCCACACCUGCUGAGGUGCUGGGGAUGGACUACAAAUCAACACUAAAGCCUGCACUUGCCUCAUUUGAUGAUGACAUUAAGAAAAGCUCAAUGGGAAAGUGGGAGGAGUUGAUAUCUCUUCAGCAACAAUCACUUGAAAUGGCUGCUAAGAUUGAGGCAAAAAGAAACCGUAUUGCAGCACUUCAGUCUUGCAUUGAUGAUGUCGAAGCUCAAUUGAACUUGGUGCAAAGGGAAACACAAGAAUAUACUUCCCGAUGUGUGGCAGAAGCUCAAAAGAUGGCAGAUACUAUUGAAGCAGACACUCACAAAUUGGAAAUAGUUGAAAGGGAAGUAGCAGAGUUUCUGAAGAAUUCCAAACUGAAGUUGCAGGAAGCAAUCAUACAAGAAGAAGAACAAACUCAGAUGUGUGCUCGCGAACUCUUGGCGCUGGUCGAUUCAGUUGCAGAAUAUAAAGAGUAUAUGGCAUCGAAAAUUUCAGAGAUGAACUGUUCUCUCUCCGAAACAGUUGGUUCUGUGUCAGAUUUGCACAAGGGUUCCUUGACAGCAAAGAUUGGUAGCAUUUUAACACAAGCCUCGGAUGCAUAGUCUCACCAAUGGGUAGAUAAAAAAUCUGUAACAUUAUCCCUUUUGCCUUGCUUAAGUGACUGCCAAUAAUUUCUUACCAAUCCAAACUGUAUUUUCUUUAGCUUGUUUACUGGUAGUUGCUUGGUGCUUUUGGCUAUUUGUAAAAACCGAAGAUUGGGUCGUCAAUGUGUGUGUUCUGAUA